AUGGCCUCUUCCAAAAGGAAUUACCAUGUGUUCCUGAGUUUCAGAGGCACGGACGUCCGCAACAAUUUCCUCAGUCAUCUCUAUGCAGAUCUAAAUCGGAAUGGGAUACACACUUUUAAGGAUAGUGAGGAGCUCUGGAAAGGAGAGGAAAUAUCGCUAGCUCUUAUGACGGUGAUUGAGGAAUCGAGCGUCGCAAUCAUCAUUUUCUCUGAAGACUAUGCUUCCUCGCAGUGGUGUUUGGAAGAGUUGGUGAAGAUCAUGGAGUGCAAGGCACAAAAGGACCUGAUUGUGUUGCCGGUGUUUUACAAAGUGGAACCAAGAGAAGUGAGACAGAUAAACUAUCACUGA